AUGGGAAGUUCAGAAUUGGAGCCAAAGAUUGAAUUACUCAAAGUUCAGUGGCGAAUGCCGCACGUGUUACUGAACGAAAUAAAUAAACUGUCGAUGCUGCGUGCUCUGGAAAGCGGGCGAUACCUCAGCAUGGCAUUUCGCUCUUGGGAUUUGUACCAGUAUCCUUUAUUGCAAAGCACAACCAAACAUUCGUGGGCCAUCAAGACCGCUACUCAGCUUGAGAAGCCUCGAUACGUCGUUUUCGCUCUGCAGGCUGGUCGGAAGAAUAUCAUGUCUGAAAACAUGAGCCGAUUCGAUCAUUGCAAAUUAAUCAACGCAAAACUCUAUUUAAACUCGGAAUGUUAUCCGUACGAUGAUCUGAAUCUGGAUUUCGAUAAAAAUAAAUGGUCGAUUCUGUACGAGACGUAUGCACAUUUCUGUAAAAACUAUUACGGAUAUGAUUAUCUCGAGCCGAAUCAAUCCGUCACCACGUUUCGACAUAAUGGUCCAUUCGUGAUUAUCGAUUGCUCUCGACAAAACGAAUCGAUUAAGAGCGCAACCGUGGACGUACGCUUAGAAUUUGAAUGCAGAGAAAAUGUACCCGCGAACACUACAGCGUACUGUCUCAUUAUACACGAUCGUGUGAUUCAGUACAACCCGUUGACCAACGUUGUGCGCAAAAUUACCUAA